AUGUGUGAUCAAGACGUUUGUACGGUGUCCAGGAUAUUGAUGCUCGGGAAGAAGGUGUUGGAGGAGGGUGAGGAUGAUAUUAUAAGUGAGAGUAGUCAGUUGAAACGAAGCUAUGAAGCAUUGAGGAUAAAAUAUAAGCUCGGUAAAUUGCCUGCUACGGUCUUGACGGAACGAGUGCUGGAGGAGGUCAAGAGCCCCUCAUUCCGGUGGAACGAAGCUCUGUGGAAGGUCGAAGCGAACAGUGAUGGCAGGUCUCUUGUUAAAUAUAUGCUCGACGUGACUCAGGACCCAUACAAGCUCGUUCCUGGUUAUGGCUUGGAACGAACGUACAUAUCUAUCGGAACAAAAAAAUUUAGACAUGGACUAAGCUACUGGCUUCACAGACUCUCUGAAGAUUCUCCCCUGACUCAAGCAGCACCGCUGAUCCAGGAAUAUCACACCGAUGCAUAUCACACCGAUGCAUAUCACACCGAUGCAUAUGGGCAGAACCCUAACCAUUUGUUCAAUGAUCUCCUUUGUGAUCUCGUACGAAGUUGGAUUGACAUGCAAUAUGAGCGACGGCUGUUGUAUGACACACUUUGCGUUCUAGCAAGUUCAAUUCAACUACAACCUAGCAGACGAGAAUGUGGCGUAUAUUGGCCUGAAAUGUCUAUCUUUGCAACAUGUAUAGAGAUAUGUUCUAAUGAACUUACAUGGCUUCUUACCAAGUUUACUUUCCACCGAGAUAUCAAAGCUAUUAUCGGGUUUAGUCUUUGGUAUAAGACACGCAAGAUGGUGCGCCAUUCUGACACCAACGUCAACGUCGAACUAGAGUCUAGCGUUAAUGGUCGAUCGUUAAUGGUUGGUCGAUCGAAGGACGGUCUAAUGGUGCAAGAAAUUGAGAAGCGCUCAAUCCAUUCUACCUCCACUGACGCUACGAGCGGAUCCAGUCAGGCUUUGCAUGAACUGUCCCUCCCCGAAAUCUCCCGUAUUGGAACCGAUCCGCAAGGGGAAAUCGACCCGCAAGGGGAAGCCGAUCCGCAAGGGGAAAUCGACCCGCAAGGGGAAAUCGACCCGCAAGGGGAAGCCGAUCCGCAAGGGGAAAUCGAUCCGCAAGGGGAAAUCGAUCCGCAAUGGGAAAUCGACAAAAUAGUUCCAGGAGAAGAAAAAGAAAAAGGCGAUAGACAAGGAGCAGUAAACAGAAGCGUCCCAGGUCAAACAGACGAAACGGAGGAAGGCAGCAACGGGUUCUUCGACUGCAUUUUACACUUGUGGUGCGCUACUAAAGCCAUUGUGGUCGAAGACUUUUUGUGUAAGACAAUACUGCUUCUAACUAUCCUUAAAGAUCUCACUGUUAGCCAAGAUGCCCGAGUGGGUAAGGCAGUUAAUAAACACUCCGCUAGCACGAUAAACAUUGCCAAUAGGCUGUUGACCGCUGCAGUUACCACUGUCUAUUAUGAAACGAAAAUUCGACGGUUAGAACAUAUCCAAUCUCACCUGCAAGCGGACAAGAAAAAGCUCGGCGACGAUGCUCAUUUAGAUUUUGACAGUGGGUUGGGAGAAUUGGACAACCCCCUUGGACAGAAUCCCCUUGGACAGAAUCCCCUUGGACAGAAUCCCCUUGGACAGAAUCCCCUUGGAGAGAAUCUGUUGAGAGACAUCAAGCCCUUUGAGUCCAAAUUUAGCACUAAGGACUGGUGGAGGUCGGUGACAUCCGUGCCCAGUAAAGCAGGUUACUGGCGAGUGGCAAGUUCUCCGGAGGACGAGAUGAUGUUGUCUUAUGUCAUGGCGACUUACGUGGGACUUUACCCAUUUGUUUUUCGACGGCGUCGGAGGCCGGCGGUCGAUCCGGAUUGUUCGCACACGUGUGUGCUCCGCUAUUGCGAGGCCUGUAAUUCGACCAAAGCCCUGCAUUUCUCGCCAAUCGACGAGCCAGUCGUCGACGAGCCAGUCGUCGACGACGGUGCUAAGCUUGAAGUGACGAGGACGGCGCGGGUCGGCGCAUCGGAGAAUGACAUCCCGAUCCUGGAGGUGUCCGAGAGGGUUGUACGGCCCGCGAUAGGUCUCAACAGUGUAGUGGACAGGUUUGAGCGUCGACUGCAGCACGGCGAAGUGAAUGAGGACAACGUGAGCUUGCAGCUUGCGGGUGACUUGAUAUACCCAGGAAAGGCGCCGGAGGUGAGCCAAAAAGAGUGGUUCGCAAUAUCCCAAGAGACAACCUGCACGGACCUCCCUAAGAUAGUUCGGACCUACCAUGGAGGGCUGCUCGCUAUUCAACAGGCAGCGCCUUGCAAGCGGCAUUGCAACGCUUGUGACUUUUGUCACUCAGUUCGGGACUUCCGCGGUAUCUUCAAUGCACUCGUUACCUCGGGCUACAGUGCCAUGAAAGGCCUCCUGAAUUCCAACCAGAAUCUACCGUAUCUGACGGAUGACCUUGUCACGCCCCUUAUAGGCGCAUUCCUGGGAACCAUCAUUUUGUGCGGCGACACUAUCAAAAAGGAACUUAUAGACGGAAACCUUCAUUUCCAAACGGAUUAUUCCACUAAACGGACUAGUGGGGCGAUUAGUCGUCUCCAUAUUACUGGUUCAAGACGACCUGAAGCUUCUCAGUUGAUCGACGCCUACCACGAGACUCUGGUUGGUCGAACGAUCGUACCGAUUGUAGGUCUACUCGGUGAAAUAAGUGUGCGGCAAAGGUUGAUACUGGCAGGUGGUCUUCAAGCUUUUGUGAGUGCCGUGACCCAUGGUAGUCCCCUGCUGCAACUACGCUUUCAUUUCGGGUCAGAUUCUCGUACUCUUCCAGUCCUAAUCGACCAGUUAGUGUGGGUAAACACCACCCUGCUGCAUCACCCAGCGGUCCAGACCUCGGUGGUCCAGGCCUCCGUUCGAUCGGAGUUGCUACCAAACGGACAUUUACGGGAGGUGAAUCACGCGUUACAGUUCAUUUUAGGCGAAGCUGCGUGCCACCUCUUCCUUCACCAGUCUUCAGGCCUUGGCCGCUGGCAGCAACUUGCCGAACGGUUGUGGGACUUGGCCAUGUACGUCGACCGAGCUUCCAAGGAACAGCCGGAGUCGGACCAGCUGAGCUGUCUGUUACUCCUUGUAUGUCAAACACUCUGGCAGAGUGAUCAGAGCAAAAAAUGCCGACUCACCUUCGAGCGCAAACUAAAACUAAAGAAGCUGCUUGAAUAA